UACCUUAUUUUCGGCGUUUAACCAAAUCCCUACAAAAACUCCAUACAUUUUCCCAUAAGCUUUGUCCAACGAACCAUGGCGGAGUUCGUGCAUACACAAAAUUGCCACUGCUCUGUAUUGGAUAAGCAGUUUCUGCCUAUCUUCAUAGAUCACGAAAACUAUGCGCACACUUCAAUGGGGCAAGUCCGUGAGUUUUGAUUCUGGAUAGCCAGAUACCAACAAUGACAAGAAACUGCUAUGUGGGGAAUCAUGCCAGGUUCAACAUUCAAAAAGUGCUGUGCAUGUGGUGGAGACAUCAGGGUGGCACGUCGCAAAUGUGACUUGUGUGGGGCAGCACAGCAACUGAAAAAAAAACUGGAGUCGCAGAAAGAUCACUACAAUGACAACUGGGCUCGAAACACCCUGAAGGGAAACAAUGUUGCCAAGGUUCUUAAUACUGCCCAUUUACUGAUCCACAAGCUGGAAAAGCUGGGGAUGGUCUCUUUGAUCCUUGUGGGACGCCCUAACAAUCCCUCCAUUGGCUGGUCUGAUGUUCUGUGUCCUCAGGACUUCAAAGACCAACAGGCCAAAACUGUGGAAGAGAUUAAAUUGAUAUUUGACACUGCCAUGAAAGCUUUACAUGAAAAAAUUACUCAAGAGGUGGCCCCAACCCCAGUCGAAGAUUGGCCACCACCCCAUUACAACCACACAUGUCUCCCACCUCCACCCCUCUGUAGCAGCAUAGCUAACGCUGAUGUCGGGACCUUGACAAAGUUGACACUGUUGCAGGUUUUUCUAAACGAGCGAUUACCAACAGUGGCUGCCGUGGAAAAAACGGUGUCGGAGUACCAGGAAGAAAUUUCCCGUUCAAAGGAGGAGAUCGAUCGUCUACGAAGGCUGCUGGAUUUGGCUUUCAAACCCGACAUAAAGUUACAUAUUGCAGACUCCCAGCAGCUCACUCUCCCUGUCCCUGAAGACAUUCCUCCUGAGCAGCAGGACUGGAGCCCCUGUCAGGGCCAGGAGGACCCAGAGCCCACUCAGAUUAAAGAGGAACAGGAGGAGUUUGGGACCAGUCAGGAGGAAGAGCAGCUUGAAGGGCUGAAGUCUGAUAUCAAAGAGUUCAUAUUCUCUCUACCCUGUGUAAAAAGUGACUAUGAUCAGGACCCUCCUCAGCCCUUAUAUCUUCCCCAAACCCAGACUAUGGAGAACAGAGAGAGGGACUCUCUUCCCACCAAAACAACUGAACAGACAUCAAAACAGAACCUAAUGGAGAGGGCUACAGUGCAUCAGAACCAACAAGUGAAUCUCAACCCCUCUCUGCAGUACACCCAGACUGCUCUGCAGCUCAGAUUGGGAACAGUGAAAGUGACAAUGGGGUGGACUGUGGAGAGGUACUGUCAGGGUUGCAGAAAGGACAAAGCUCCCAGAUCUCUACCCGGGUCAAUAAAGCCAGUGAACUGAAAGUGCCAUUGAAGGCUCACACAGGGGAGAGACAACACAGAUGUCCAGUAUGCAGUAAAUAUUUUCUGAAAACGAGCAAUUUAAAAAUACAUCAGAGAAUUCAUACUGGGGAGAAAUCAUUUCACAUUGGGGAGAAACCAUAUCAGUGCAAAGAUUGCAGCAAAUGCUUCAUCAGGAUGGGAAACCUGACUGAGCAUAUGAGAAUUCACACAGGGCAGAAAUUAGUCUGGCUGAUACCAAACUCAAAGUCCUCCUGACUUCAGGGUCUAUCGAGACUGUUUGAUGUUGUCAGCAGGAUGGUGUAUGGAGUUCUGUUCACAUUCUGUGAAGAAAUAGUAGGCAUUUUGGGUAUGUAAUUUUUUUUAUAGUAUGUGACAUUUCGAAAAUGUAUGUUUUAAAAGGAUCAGCCCCUUUUUUUUCAAUUUUCACUUAAAAUGACAUACCCAAAUCUAACUGCUUAUAGCUCAGGACCUGAAGCAAGGAUAUGCAUAUUUUUGAUACCAUUUGAAAGAAAACACUUUGAAGUUUGUGGAAAUGUGAAAUGAAUGUAGGAGAAUGUAACACAUUAGAUCUGGUAAAAGAUAAUACAAAGAAAAAAACGGUGUUUUUUGUAUAUAUUUUUUUUUAUACCAUCCGCUUUGAAAUACAUUAUGGCCUUUCUCUUGCAUUAUUCCAGCCCAGGCACAAUUUAGAUUUUGGCCACUAGAUGGCAGCCGUGUAUGUGCAAGGUUUUAGACUGAUCCAAUAAACCAAGGCAUUUCUGUUCAAAA